AUGUCUUUUGAGAAGAUAUCGGCGGUUACGGUGAGAGGCGUACCGCUGUAUCCAUUAUACUCGGGACCGGCCGACACACCGGUCACCGCCGAGUGCAACAACAGGUGUCGGGCGGGACCCAAGUGUCGGGCAUUUUUGAUUAAUUACGACAAACAUAUGUGCACUGGAAUGGACUACGACAGCCUCAAUAGGGGCGCAUCCAUUGUCAACACUCAGGAGCGCACCUCAUAUUUCGAGAAGAUAUGUCUGUCGGCCGCCCCGUGCGAGAAGGCCUGGACUUUUGAGCGGGUUAUGGGUCGCGAGUUGGGCGGCUUUGACGACCGCAUACUCAACGGAGUGGCCUCUCGUCUCCGCUGUCAAGAGCUGUGUCUCAAAGAGCGCUCAUUCGUCUGCCGGUCGGGAGAAUACGAUUACGCUCUGCAACAGUGCCGGCUGUCGUCGGAGGACCGACGGUCACAGCCGGCAGCCUAUCGAGUGUCCGCCGGGUCUGUGGACUACUUCGAGAACGAGUGCGCGGCUCUGGCCACGGGUCCGCCCAACUGUGACUUUGAUCGCUUUGAAAACUCGGACAUUAAACGCGCGGAUUUGGUCCGCACGGCCUUCUCUGUGGAUCAGUGCCGCACACUCUGUGAGGCCACCCGUGCUUUCGUGUGCCGAUCGUUCACAUACUCACAGCCGGCCGCUCAGUGUUGGCUCAGCAGCGAUGACGCCAUGGCUGUCGGCGGCGUCCGAUCGCUGGACACCCAUUCGGGCGCCGUUUACUAUCAGCGCUCCUCAUGUCUCGAUCUGCAAUUAUUCUGUAAUCACGACUCAAUGGUUGUGUCCCUCAACACCGCCGACCCCUUCAGUGGUAAACUAUACUCAAAGGAGGAGCCGAUCGCCUGCGAGUCCGUCGGACGCUCCACAACCAACACGCUAUUAACCAUGCCUUUCAGCCCGAGAUCCAGUUGUGGUAUCCGCGAAGAU